UUUUGAAAAUACCGGCCAGAUUUUGACGUCGGUGCAUUGGUGUAUUUGAGUGAUUUUUUGAAAAUAACUGGAACUGCCUUCGUUGUGACUGAAAAUGUGUAGAGCAACUAAGCUCCGCCUCCCGGGCUUACCCCCCUCACCACCCAUGGUCCAUUUGUGUGGCGUUGUGUGUCGUCAUCGAGAUCGUAAAAUAGGCCCCACCCCUUUCCUUUGGGCUGCGGCUGUGUGUGGGAAAAACCUGCCCGUCAAGGGCGACGAGCGCCAAGGCGCCCGAUUCAGUGCUUCUCGUGGCGGCAAAGUGUUCGUACGUACGGACCAGAGUCGGCCCUCUAAACACCACACACAACACUGAAAAGGGUUUUUUCACAAACUUGACGGACCAUUCGUGUGCUGUUGUGUUACUCUUUUCGGAUUUCGGUCCAUCGCACACCAUCAAUCCCGAUUUGUUCCAACUUGCGGCUACAUCCGGCUCAUCCGAGUGACAUUACUUGUAUUCCAGUGUGUCGUGUCCCAAUCUACAAAGGAGAGACUCUGUGGAAUCGGAUUUUAUCGUGUUAUUGGAACCAAUAAUCUUUUUUCGUCUCACCGAAACAACAACAACAAUAAUUUCCAAUUUUUAAUGUGCACUGUCACCAAUAUCGUCCAUUCUUCUCCGUUCGUUAUUUGCCGGUGACAAGUGAUGGAAUGGUGUCGAUCCGUUACCGCGUGGCCGGCGUGAACGCAGCAGCAGCACCAAGUGUCAACUGACCGGGAGUUACGCACCCAAAAGUUUGUUUUUCUGGAAUGCGUUUGAAUUAGUGCUUUUUCUAAAAAAAUUCAAAUCGAAGAAAAAGAAAAAAUUUGAAUUGAAACAGAAAAUCCCGACUGUGUUGAGUUAAGUUUCCUGUUGUUUUUGGUGUGUUUGCCAGAAACGAUAUCCAACAGUUCGGCCGUUAAGUUGCCGCUUUAUUUUUGGCGAAGAAAAUCAGUGAUUUAGUGACCCAGUAAAGAUGCCGAGGAAGAAACAGGACUGUCCGAAGCGCAUGAAAUGGGAGGAAGAAUUGGCGGCGGCAGCGGCAGCGCGUGAGGCAGCGAUUGCGGCCGGAUUACUCGACCCAAAUCAAAUCGUCGACGAAUUCGAACCGGAUCCGGAUCAAAGUCAAGAUUCUGAAUCAUCUUCUUCGUCGCCGGCUCGGGACGAUGUCGACGAAGAAGAGGCACUGAAGGAAGACAAACCCAAACGGAAAUCUUCUCCCCUUUCUCGCGGAUCCAUGAGUCCCGGUCGGAAUAGUCCGGCGCCCAUCAUGGGCGAUUCUACGUCGGCGGCGGCAGCUGCUGCAGCGGCCGCAGCGGCCGCCACCAACUUGCAGAACUUGCAAGCCUUCCUGGCCGCAAGCGCAGCUUUCCCAGGACUUUUAUCCCACGGUGGAGCGGCGGCCGGACUUCUGGCCGGCCUCCCCGGUGGCCUACACUCGGCUUUGGCCAUGCAGGGACUGCAGGGAUUGCAGGGACUCCAAGGCUUACAAGGUCUGCAAGGUUUAUUUGGCUCUCUUCCGGCGGCUGCGGCCGCCACCAAACAUUCGACCAACGUCAUGUCUCCACCGGCUGGCGCCAUUCCGUCGCCGGGAGCUGGACGCAAUGCCGAUGUUUCCAGCAUCAUGGAUUUCAGCAGCAAACGUCCCGCUGGCGGCGCAAUCAAAUUGGAAAAAGGAACCGACGCCGAAAUGAACGACGAAGCGCCUCCGCCGACUCGACGUCGCGCUGGUGGUGAGUCGACUCCGCUGGAUUUGAGCUCCUCCGGUGUCCGGAAACGGGACCGCUCAUCUGGUGGUUCUACGGCCAGCGUCGGACCCGCCGAGAAACGUCGCUCUGAUUCGAUUUCGGCGGCCAUGGCUGGAUGGAAACCGGCCGGCGCCUCUCACACGUCCGAUGCCUGGAACGGCCACCACAAGUCCAGCAGCGAAGCCAAGAACUCGUUCGCCAGUCCGCCCGACGCCUCCAAAGCCCUGGAAAGGAUGACGGAAUUGAGCCGCUUGUCCGGCGAGUCCCGAUCGGGAGGAGCCGGCGGUGGCCGCCAGUCCGCCUGGCAGAGCCACUGGCUGAGCAAAGGAGCCGACACGGCCAAGGACGUCCUCAAGUGCGUCUGGUGCAAACUCAGUUUCGAAACCCUGGCCGCCCUGACAACCCACAUGAAAGAAUCCAAACACUGCGGAGUCAACGCCAGUCUCAUGUCGUCCGCAUCCAGCGCUUCCGGCGCCGCGGGGUCGGUCAAUUCCUCUCCCGUGGCUUCAUCACCUUCAUCCUCGUCGCAGCCGCACCACCACCAGCCGCAAGCUUCGCCGUCGUCGCACCAGUCGGAGCGCGAGCGUCUUCCGGCCGCCUCCCAUCCGCCGUCGUCGUCGGCUUCGACGACCACGUCCGGCAGAGGAGGAGGUCACCACUCGAGCAGCAGCAACAAUCACGACCUAUUGCUCAAAGAGUCCGGGCAGGUCCAACUGCCCCGCAAACUGGUCCGCGGUCAGGACGUCUGGCUGGGCAAAGGAGCCGAGCAGACGCGUCAGAUCCUCAAGUGCAUGUGGUGCGGGCAGAGCUUCCGCUCGCUGGCCGAGAUGACGACUCACAUGCAGCAGACGCAGCACUACACCAACAUCAUCUCCCAGGAGCAGAUCAUCUCCUGGAAGGCGGCCGACGGCGAAGGCGGAGCCACCGGAAGCGGAGGCAAAGGAUCGAGCGGAUCCGGCGCCAACCACGGCCCUGCUCAGCCGCAUCACCACGGCCAGCAGCACCACGGCCAGCAGCAGCAGCAGCAACAACAACAACCACAGCAACAGCAGCAACAACAGCCAACGCAACAACAGUCUCACGUGAACGCCGUGCUGACGUGCAAAGUGUGCGACCAGGCCUUUGCCAGUUUGAAGGAGCUGAGCUCGCACAUGGUGAAGAACUCGCACUACAAGGAGCACAUUAUGCGAUCCAUCAGCGAGAGCGGCGGCCGUCGGAGACAGGCCAGGGAUAAGCGCAAGAAGGCCCUGCCCGUUCGCAAGUUGCUGGAACUGGAGCGAGCCCAGCAGGAGGCCCGAUCGCUGACGCAACUGCAGCAGCAGCAAUUGAUUCCGGCCCAGCAUCAGCAUCACGAGCAUCAGCAGAAAGGGUCCAGCACGGGACGGAUCAGCUGCGAGAAGUGCGGCGACAAGAUCGAAACGAGCGGGUUCGUCGACCACAUCCGGCAGUGUGUCGGCGGAAGUGGGCAGUCGAUGCGAGCCGGAAGCAAAAGCAGCACCCCGUCACCUUCCGUCGCCGUUCCUAAAUCGGAGGCUAUUAACGGAUCCGGUCGCAAGACCCCAAAGUCCAACCGGCAUCAAACCAAUCCGUCGCCGAGGGCCAGUCCCAUGAGCGUCGGAUCGGCUAACGGGAGCGACGCGCCGGCCGCCUCCACCCCGGCGCCGGCGGCCUCUUCGACCCCGACCAAAGCCGACGGAUCGCCGUCCGUUCUCAACGCUAUCGAGAAACUGAUUGAAAAGAGCUUCGACGCCGGCCAAGGAGCGAGCGGAGGCAAAGCCAAGGCGGCCGCCAACAAUCCGACCGGCUCCAACAUCUUGCGCCGGCUGGGCAUCGACGAGAGUCUCGACUACUCCAAACCGCUGAUGGAUCCUCUGAUGACUGUCAACAUGCUGCGCCUUUACGGCUACGGCCAGAUGGCCAGCAGUCAGCAACGGGAGCGGACGACCAGCGAGGCCAGCAGCAGCAACGCCUCGGCCGUGGCCAGCAACGGCGACCACUCGUCGCAGCAGCCGACGCAUCAGAGAGAUUCCGGCAAGUCAACGCCUCGCUCGGCCAACGGCGGCUCACCCCUCCGCAGCCGCAGUCCCAGCCAGAGUCCCAGCGGCGUCGCCAACCGUCGCCGGCGGAAGGAUCCCUCACCCUCGCCCGCCUCUCCCGGCUUGGACGGAGACGUCAACCCACCCAGUCCGGCUGCCAGUUCGGUAGUCAGUGAACGCUCGCUGCGCUCGACCACUCCGGCGACGCAACUGAGUUCGCCCGACGUGGCCGGGCGGCGCAGUCAGAGCCAGACGCCCACCGACGUCCAUCCGGCCCGUUCCAGUUUGAACGCUCUUUCAUCCAUGUUCGAGGGUCUCUCUUCGGCUGCGGCGGCACCUUCCUCAGGAGCUGGAACCUCUUCCGGCGGCGGCGGCGGUGGAUUCAAUCCGCUGGCGGCCCUGCAGAAAUUGUGCGACAAGACGGAAACUCACAGUCCCUCGUCCAGCGGCCGUCCCAAUUCGCUUGGCGGGGCGGGAAGCAGCGCCGGUGGUUCGAGCGGCAGCGGCGGAGGAAGCGGCGGCGGAGGCGGCGGAUCGGGGAGCUCGGCCGGCAGCUCUGCGGGCACCAAUCCCGGUGCGAUUUUGGCUUUCAGUUGGGCCUGUAACGACGCCGUCAUGACGGAUUCGAUCAUGAAGUGUGCCUUCUGUGAUACCCAGUUCAUUUCCAAGGGCGCCUACCGACACCACCUGUCCAAGAUGCACUUUGUCAAGGACGCCGCCGGUGGGAGUGUCUCCGCUCCAGCCCUCAAGGGCGCCUCGUCGGGCGGUUCUUCUUCGGCAGCCAACUCGGCCAGUGCUAAAAGCUCCGGGUCGGCCAGUGGCGCCAACGCCGCCUCGGCCGCCGCCAGUCCCCAACCGCCUGCAGGAGCCAAUAGCUUCGAGAACGAGAGCCCUCAUUCCAAAUUCCUCAAGUACACCGAGCUGGCCAAGCAGCUCUCUAGCAAAUACGUUUGAUGGCUCCCUCCUUCUCCGCCCGCUACACCGUAAAACACAAACAUUUUUGUCGCUAUACACCACCUGAUGAUUACACACACAACAACAACAACAACAACAAAAUAGGGGAAAAAAGAAGACGGACAAAUUGGGCGACGCACCGUGACCGUUUGCGUUGCAGAUGACGGGGCUGGUUGAAAAGAAGAAGAAAAAAAACAACCAAACAUACGCGGAAAAAAACAAAGAGAAAGUUCUUUUUUCUUUAUUUUCUUUCGACAAACAAAACAUAAUGACGUAAAAACGCAAAAAACACAAAAACAAAUCAAGCAAAAACGUAUAGAGCAUCUUGUCAUAGCUUAGAUCUCCCUCCAUUCUCUCUCUGUCUAUCCUUCAUCAUUACGCGCGUUUGCAUCUUGUGUACAUGUUGUGUGUGUGACCCAUUUGGCGCUCCCCCGACUCACGUCUCAUCACGUGCCUCUCUUUUUCCACCUCAUCCAUUUUCAACUCGGAAGAUUUUUGUUUUUGUCUUUCGAAAACAAAUAAAGGGGAGUAUAACAUUUUUACACAAAAGAAGAAAAAAGAGCUUCGAUCACGCUCACGGAUUGACCGGAGCUGUCGGUUGACUUGUUGGGAGGGAAAGAUCACGUCACCCGGUGUAUUUAUACCAGAGUAGUAUUGCUCUCUCUUUUGCUUCUUCUUCUUCUUCUUUUCCUUUUUGCCUAUUUCAUCCAUCAUAAAAAGAAGAAGAAGAAGAAGAAGGAGAAGGAGAAGAAGAAGAAGAAGAGGAGGAACGUAACAAAAGGGUUGGCGUCCAUAUGAAGAGAAAUAUGAGAGAGGAGGAGGGAGGACUGGCGCGCAGGGUCUAAUCGCAUGCUGUCGGCCGGGUGAUUUACACGCCGGAGCGUCACUAUAAAUCCGUCCGACAAGUUAUGAAUGCCGCCGCGAGGUACUCUUCUUCGUCGUCCGUCCUUACAGGCAUCCUUCAAUCUUCAAAAGGGCCAGCAACAUUCUCUCUCUCUAGCUCUCUCUCUCUCGGCCGUUCUCCUUCCAUCUUUUUUCUUCUUCUUCUUCUUCUUAUAUAUGCGCUUCUUUUCUUUCUACUUACUCGCUCUGCCUCAUUCUAUCCAUCCCUUUUUUUUCUUCUAUAUCCCGCACCGAAAGGGAGGAGAAGCACGAGGAGGAGUACGGGGGGAAGGUGAAAUUAAUCAUAAAUUUUCCGAGGCAAAUAAAUAAGGAAAAAAAAAGAAGGGGGGGAUAGAGAGAAGAAGAAGAAAAAAUGUUCCUCUUUUUUUUUUUUUUUUUUUCUUUUUUUUGCCUUGAACAAGAUGAUGAUGAUGAUGAAAAAAGAAAAAAAAAUGAAAGGUAAUAAAGUUCAAGAAGAAAAGAAAAGAAAAAAAAAGGGCCUCGGCAUGAAGUCCACGCCAACAAAUCAAAGCGCCCGGACGGGCAUCUCUCUCUCUCUGGGUUAGCUCUCUCUCUUUCUCGGUUUGCUCCGGCUCGUUCGUCCGACCGAGCGCGCAUACGUAUAAAUAUAUAUAUAUACAAACUACUACUACUACUACCACUACUAUAUAUAUAUACAUAAAGAUAUACAUAAUACCCCCUUUGGCUUGAUUUGAGCCGGUAGGAUUUUGUAUUUUGUAAUUUUUCAUUUUUUUUUUCUUCUCCUUCUCAUUUUUUGAUGCCCAAGUCACGGCCCGUUCGACGUACAGUAAUUCAUUUUUUCCUUUUUGUUUUCGGGGUUUUUUCUUCUUCUCUCUCUCUCUCUUUCGCUUCCUGACAAAAACGGGAAUCUGAUUAUUAUUACUUCUUUGCUCCUGCCGACUGAAUUGGUUGGAAAGGAGGAAAAACCCCCUGUCGUUAUGUCGAAAUAUGAUUCCACAGUAAUCGACGACACACAGAGACACCCACACGUAGACUGCAAGCUGUUUGUUGUAUCAUACCUACAUACGAAACCAAUUGUUCCAUUUGUCAUUUUUACGUUUGCGCUCCCCUCGUCGAUAUCGACAAUGUCACUCAUCUCUCAGCCUCUCUAUCGUCUGCCAGACGUGGGCCAAGAGUAAUGGACCCGAGAGAAGAGAAUCACUUUAUACAUAUAUAUAUAUAAUAUACAUACGCAUUUCUAGCAGACAACACACACACAAUCAAUCGGUUUGGAAAAGAAAAAAAAAAACAUUUGUCAUUCGUGUGUCUCUCUCUAGCUCCUAUUACAUGCCCACACAAAUCUCGCUGUGUCUGUUUUCAUCCGACUGAACUGUGUAACGGGCGUUCUCUGUGUGUGUGUGUCGCCCGAAUCGCUCGUUUCUUUUUUUGCUCUCUCGCUAAGAAAAAUCUAUUCCAAUUGAUUCUUCCUCCUAUUUCGAUUUUUGAUUUGCUGUAAUUCUCUCUCUAUCUCUCUAUCGCUCUUGAAACUAUUUCGGUGUGCGCAACGAUGAUGAUGAACUAUGACGUAAUUCACCUGUGCGUGCGUGAUCCCACCUGGCAACCACACACACACACACACACACAAAAAAAAAAUAAAUAAGGAAGGAAAUUAAUGAUCCCGGUUCCUAUAUAUAUUUUAUCUCUUUAAUUUAUCCAUGCGUGAGUGUCUACUUGUGUGUUACCGGACUGCCCACCCUCUUACCCUCCUCUGUUUCUUGUCUCUAAUGAUUCUUUUUUUUUCUAAUUAUUAUUAUUAUUAUUAUGAUUUUCUUUGACUAUUUUGUCGACCCCAUGCGCUGCUGUCGAUUUAAAAAAAUGUUUUUGUUUGAUUUAUUGGAUUUUCUGUUAAAUUGUCACUCUCUCUCUCUCUCUCUCUCCUUCUGGUGAAAAAUUCCAAUCUCUUUCAAAUCAAAUACGUACCGUACAUUGAAUCAAUACGUGAAAAAAGAUGUCUUUUAUGUCUCAUUUUCUCUCUAAUAUCGAUAAGAAACCCCCUAUACCCCGUCCCUCAUAUGAUUAUCCUCCUAUUGAUCUAUUAUUAUCUGAAUUAUCUGUUGUCUUUCUUUCUCACCCAUUCUAUCGUCUAUCUCUCUCCUCUCUUUCUUCAACAAAAAAAAAAUGAUCAGUAUUCGUUGCUUGAUUGGACAUGUUGGAUUUUUUUUCAGUGUUUCCCUUUUAUUUUCGGUUUAUUUUGCGCGCGCCAUCUUGUUAUUACACAUGACU